GCGGCCUCCGCUGCGCCUCCUCCUCCUCCUCUUCCGGCGGCAGCAUGGCGCGGGCCGCUGCGCUCGCCUGCUGCCUGGAGGCUGUGCUGGAGAGCCGCGGCAACGCCAACCGCGUCUUCGAGAUCCUGGAGCUGCUGGCGGGCCAGGAGGAGGAGGAGGUCCUCUGCGCCGCCAGGACCUGCAGCCGGCUCUUCGGGGCGCUGCUGGAGCGCGGGGAGCUGUUCGUCGGCCCACUGCCCGCCGAGAAGGACUCUCUGGCCGAGAACUACAGCGCUGAGGACAAGUACAAGAUAUGGAUGAGGCACCGCUACAACGAGUGCGUGGAUUGCCUGGCGGAGCUGAUGGGCCACCAUGUGUUCCAGGUGAAGGAAGUGUCACUCUGCACCCUCAUGAAGUUUGUCGAGUUGGAGGCACGAUAUCCCUUGAUCAAAGUAGAGUGGAAAGGGACUUUAACUUUUCCUCGUGAACUUCUCAAGGUAGUUGUUGAUGGCUUACUUCCCUUAAACGAGGAUGCUUCGCUCCUGAUCUCUCGCUUUCAAGAAUAUAUGGAGUAUGAUGACAUUCGGUACUUUGUCAUAAAGGCGGUCACUGAGAGUAUUGGACAAGUCAUGCAAAAGACAAAAGAGAGGCCGCUGCCAUUUUACCAGCAGAAUGUAUUUUCCCUCAUUUCGCCCAUUAACAUGCCAAACAAAGAGUCCGACAUGGUCAAAUUUAUGGUGAAGCAAGAUAACUGGGAGGAAUUGAAAGUGUCGAAGCUGCAGGCACACAAGCAGGCGUUUGAAAAAAUGUGGCUCAUUUUUUUGAAGCACAAGCUACCCACUGGCCUGUACAAAAAAGUUCUUGUGAUUCUGCAUGACUCCAUCCUGCCUUACAUGAAUGAACCCACUCUCAUGAUAGACUUCUUGACGGCAGCCUAUGGCAUAGGUGGAGCAAUCAGUCUUCUAGCCUUAAAUGGAUUAUUUAUUCUGAUUCAUCAGCAUAAUCUGGAGUAUCCUGACUUUUACAAAAAACUGUACAGUCUUUUAGACCCUUCUAUAUACCACGUGAAGUACCGAGCCCGCUUUUUCCAUUUGGCUGAUCUGUUUUUGUCUUCAUCUCACUUGCCAGCGUACCUGGUGGCAGCAUUUAUAAAGCGCCUCUCUCGGCUGGCUCUCACUGCUCCUCCCGAGGCUCUGCUUAUGGUCAUUCCCUUCAUCUGUAAUCUCUUUCGGAGGCACCCGGCGUGCAAAGUGCUCGUACACAGACCUAAUGGGCCAGAAGAUAUGUCAGAAGAUCCAUAUAUUAUGGAGGAAGAGUCGCCAUCUGAAAGCAGGGCUUUGGAGAGCUCUCUCUGGGAGAUUCGGUGUCUACAAAACCAUUAUCACCCGGAUGUGGCCAAGGCGGCUGCUGUCCUGAACCAGUCGCUGUCUGAAAUAGAGGAUGACAUAUCGGGGCUCCUGGAGCUCUCAGCUUACGAGCUUUUUGAUAAAGAAGUAAAGAAAAAGGCUGCUGAUGUGCCCCUGGAGUUUGAGCAAAUACGAGGUUUGUUUGGAAAGAAAAAUGAUAUUUUUGCAGAGCACUUCUCUUUAGAUUGAUGUGAUCUCUCACAAACAUCUGCACAACUGGCUGAUCUUAGGGAUGUGCACAAAGCUCACGCGUUGUGCUGGGCAAUUCUGCCUUGGAGGUAUCUCCGUGUGAUGAGAGCUGGACCGCUUGAGAAAGGUGCAGCCGCCUUCAGUGACCUUUGCCACUACCCGUGGAUGGAAUUCCCUUUGUUUCUCACACUUGCAUUCUGCCGCCUGAUACUUGGGAGGGAUUUUCCCUCAGAGCAAAGUUUUCUGGACCUGUUCAUCGCUGAGAUUCCAGCCCUUUUCUCCAAAGCUGCUGGUGCUGGCUGUGAUCGGUGACUGCCUAGACAAACCAUCUUGCUGCCACUCGAUGGGACUGAGGGGAAGUGUGGUCUCUGACUACUGCUCUUGUUUUUCACAUGUGUUACUUUUUACAGUGAUGACCUGUUUGUAGCAAGUGACUUCAAUACAUAGCAGUGAACACCUGAUGAUAUUCUAAUUGUAUUUUUUUAUGUACACUUUUAAACUCAUGUCUUCAGAGGGAUGUUUAGAUUCUAUGUACUCAACACUCCCACCUUCGAGGUAGUGAAAGCUCAGGUUUGUAGAAAAUAACUCAUAGAUGAUGCUCAGUAAUUCAUCUAUGAAGCGUUGCAGAUGUUUCUUCAUGUACAUCUAUCUCAUGCUGUAAGGUUUUUUAAUUCAAAAUGCUCAUGAGCUUUGGAAAUGAGGGUAAUCGUGGUGACUGCUGUAGCCAGGGAGGCCAACUGAUGUGCAGUGGGAGGUUUGUCUAAUCCUUGAUUCUUGCUUCAGAAUGAUAAGCAGCUUAAUGUACUUUUGCGUGCCGCCUGCAAAUGUUGUAGGGGCUCUGGCCAGUGUGUAUCCAGGUGCUAAAGAGUUUUAACCAGUCUGCUGAUACUGGGUGGUUUUGUUAAUUUAGAUUUUUCCGUACAGUUCCAGAAGUCAUGCAGAAAUUCCUUCUGAUAGGGUUUGAGGUUCUCACCCCCUUGCCCCCUGCCCAAGGUUUUCAGUUGGAGAUAAACUCCUUAUUAAGAACGCAGAUAAACUCAGGACUUUUUUUUUUUUAAAUAAUUUUCAACAACUUAAUGUUCGUUAGCCUUUAGCUCUGCUUGCACAUUUUGGAAUUGUAUUUUGUGAAGGAGAACGUGGAGGCCAAGAAAUAUAAUUUCUGGCAGACAGGUCUGUAAGUCAAGGAAAACUGCAGCUGUCUUGAAGACAGCACGUAUUAUGUUUUCUUCAUCCAGUUCUCUUCGUGCUUUCGAAACAAUGGAUGUGUCCUGGGAAUAUAGAGCUCUGCCUCUUUUCUCUGAUACUUUUUGAAUUUAGUUGGAGUGUUUUUCAGCAUUUGGGUUUUGUUUUUUAAGAAGUCUUUAUCUUUGUUUUUCUCUUGUGAAAAAGCAAUCCCAUCUUCUCCCUGUCCAGCCUGCUUCUCUUUUUUCUUUGACUUCUGGUAUUCAUGGUAGGAAGGCAGAGGGGCGGAGAUAACUUAAAAUUUGAGAGCCCUCAGUUCAAGUUCACCCAAGCCUUGUAUUUCAGCUCUAAAACCUAUCUCCCUAUACCAUAUGUACGUUGUAUGUAUGUGUUUAUUAAACAUUUUGAAGUGCUCUGAUGCUAAUGAGGACCACAUAACCACCUUUGAAAGAAGUGUAUAAGUGUAAUGUCUUUCAGAUUAAAUGAAUGAAUAUAUUGAAUAUGGAAACGAAAGAAUGAAUAUAUAUAUUGAA